CUUUGCAAGAGUUUGGAGUCCCGCUCCUACUUGAGUCUUACUCAUACUCGUCUUUGUGGCCUCCCUUUUUUGCGACUAUAUAAUUUGGACAUUCCGUUCAUCGUCGGGGAGCAUGGAGUCGACUUCGAGCUGUCAGCUGUCCGACUUUGUGGACGAAAAGACGAGCUGGACCGGACGGCAAGUCCGGCGGCUGCUCCGGGAGGCGCUCCUGAUCCAUCGCGCGGACGUGGACCGGGUGCGCUCGUUCUGGGCCGACGAGUUCGGCCAGCUGCAGCGGGCCCGGGACGAGGCCGCGGCGGCGGCGCUGAAGGCGGCCGACGACGAGUGGCGCCGGCUGUGGGCGCGGCGCGAAGACGACAUUUCCCGGGACCACCUGACCAUGAGGGAAAGCGUACGGCUCCACGUGGAGAACCACUGGGACAACAUGGAGUGGCAUCUGGACCGAACCGUGGACGAGUGCGACGAGGAACUGCGCGGCGUCAAGGCCGCCAUGGAGCAGAAGGUUGAGGAGAAGGAGGAGCAGCUGACCCAGCUGCAGGAGAUCCACGCCAACGUGGCGGCCAGCCUGGAGGAGAAGGAGGAGCAGAUGAGCCAAGUCAAAGACUUCCUGCUCCUCCUCAAGUCCGGCCUGGAGGAGAAGGAGGAGCAGAAGCGCCGGCUGAACCGGCUCCUGCGCUCCGUCUCCAGCCAGCUCCAGCGGGAGCGGCUGGAGAGCGCGCGGUGGAAGCGGCGCGCCGACGAGCUCGGCGAGCGUCUGGAGGCCGGCGCCCGGGCCGGGGAGGAGGCGCUCCUCAAACGCGUCGACAACGUCGAGGGCCUCGUCAAAGGCUUCGUGGGACAGAACGCCCGCUUUACGAAAUCCCUAAAGAGUGACGACACAAGUGACAAAGACCAGAAGAAGAGCGAGACCAACAAAGAGGGGAAGAGAUGGAGUGAAGGAGAGAAAGACGACGACGGAGAGAAAGAAAGGAGACGCAAGAAGAAGAGUGAGGCCAAAGAAAAGAAGGAGCAAGAAAAGAGAGUCAAGAAGGAAAAGAAGGAGCAAGACAAGAAAGAGAAGAAGGAGCGGCAGAGGAAAGACAAAGAAAAGAAUCGGGGCGCUGGAAUAAGACAUUGCCCGCUUUGAGCUCAAGCGGGCCGGCUUCGUUCGUUCGCUCGUUCGAAAAUAUUCACUCUUAACUGUUGCAAAAGUUGUUUCCAAUCAAUCUGAAAUGUCUUAACAAAAAUGAAGGACAUUUCAACAGCAUUAUGAACGGUGUUGGGAGAAAUGAAUUACAUGUCACCAGAUGACGUCAUUGAAUUACAAAAUGGACGGAAGUGUAAUCCAUUACAUGACUGGGAGAGAAUGUGUUUAUUAA